CCCGAGCCCCAGCCCCAGCCCGAGCCCAAGCCCCAGCCCGAGUCCGAGUCCGAGCCCGAGCCCGAGCCCCAGCCCGAGUCCGAGUCCGAGCCCCAGCCCCAGCCCCAGCCCCAGCCCGAGUCCGAGCCCCAGCCUCAGCCCCAGCCCCAGCCCCAGCCCCAGCCUAAGCCGAGCCCCAGCCCCAGCCCCAGCCCCAGCCCCAGCCCCAGCCCGAGUCCGAGCCCCAGCCCCAGCCCCAGCCCCAGCCUCAGCCCCAGCCCGAGUCCGAGCCCCAGCCCCGGCCGGCGCCGCCUCCCCGCGGGCCCCGCGGGCGCGGACCCGCCGGCUCGGGGCGUCCCCGCCGCCUCCGCCCGGCGCCGCCCGGGGAUGUGCGAGGCGGCCCCGCGGCCGGAGCCCUGCGAGCACCAGCGGACGCUGGGUUAUGGGCAAGUCGGAAAGCCAGAUGGAUAUAACUGAAAUGAACACUCCAAAACCAAAGAAGAGACUGGGAUGGAGUGGCCUGGAAAUAGGGCUGGCCGUGGUGGUGCUGCUGCUGGCCAUCGUGGCCAUCACCAUGAUCGCCCUGUACGCCACGUACGACGAUGGGGUUUGCAAGACACCAGACUGUAUCAAAUCAGCCGCGCGGAUCCUGCAGAACAUGGACCCCAGCGCCCGGCCCUGCCAGGAUUUCUACCAGUUCGCCUGCGGGGGGUGGCUCAAGAGGAACGUCAUCCCCGAGACCAGCUCCCGUUACAGCAACUUUGACAUUUUGAGAGACGAACUAGAAGUCGUUUUAAAAGAUGUCCUCAGCGCCCCCAGCACCAACGACAUCCCAGCAGUGCAGAAGGCAAAAACUCUCUACAGGUCCUGCAUCAAUGAAACUGCCAUUGAUAUCCGAGGUGGAAGGCCUCUAAUUAGUUUAUUGCCAAAUGUGUCUGAGUGGCCUGUAGCAACAACUAACUGGGAUGCUUCCUAUGGUACGACUUGGACAGCUGAGACAGCUAUUGCACAGCUCAACUCCAGAUAUGGAAAAAAGGUCCUUAUUAAUUUUUUUGUUGGCACAGACGAUAAAAAUUCCACAGCACAUAUCAUUCACAUCGACCAGCCGGGGCUGGGCCUGCCUUCUCGGGACUACUACGAGUGCACGGGUGCAUACGGAGAGGCGUGUUCUGCCUAUGUUGAUUUCAUGAUUUCUGUAGCUAAACUAAUCCUACAAGAAAGAAAUAUUUCUGUCAAUGAGAGUGAGAUUUCUGCACAAAUGAGAAGAGUUAUGGACCUGGAGAAAGAGAUUGCCAAUGCAACAACAAAAUCUGAAGACAGAAAUGAUCCACUUCUGCUGUACAAUAAAAUGACCUUGGCACAACUCCAAAACAACUUCUCACUGGAAAUCAAUAAGAAGGUGUUCAACUGGUCAGGAUUCAUAAAUGCCAUCAUGUCAACUGUGCAGAUCAACGUUGACAACACGGAACAUGUCAUUGUUUAUGACCCUGACUACCUUCUCAAGCUCAGGUCUAUUCUGGUAAAAUACAGUCCCAGAGACCUCCAGAAUUACAUGGCCUGGCGAUUUGUGAUGGAUCUUGUCAACAGCCUCAGCCGGGACUACAAGGACACGAGGAACGCUUUCCGUAAGGCCCUUUAUGGCACCACCUCCGAGACUGCCGUGUGGCGCCGCUGCGCCAACUACGUCAACGGGAACAUGGAGAGCGCCGUGGGCCGGCUCUACGUGGAGGAGGCCUUUGCUGGGGACAGCAAACACGUGGUUGAAGAAAUGAUUGCAGAUAUACGUGAUGUUUUUAUAAAAACCUUAGAUGAACUUCCCUGGAUGGAUGCAGUGACCAAAAAGAGAGCAGAACAAAAAGCAACAGCAAUUAGAGAGAGGAUUGGUUAUCCCGAUGAGAUCGUGACAGAUAACGACAAGCUCAACAGUGAGUACCAGGAGUUGAACUACAAAGAAGAAGAAUACUUCGAAAACAUUAUUCAAAAUUUAGUAUUUACCCAGAAGAAAAGGUUGAAAAAGCUUAGAGAAAAGGUGGACAAAGAGGAGUGGAUAAGUGGAGCUGCUGUUGUCAAUGCUUUUUACUCAGCAAGCAGGAAUCAGAUAGUCUUCCCUGCGGGCAUUUUGCAGCCCCCUUUCUUCAGUGCCUCGCAGCCCAAAUCCCUGAACUACGGCGGCAUAGGAAUGGUCAUCGGGCACGAGAUCACGCACGGCUUUGACGACAACGGCAGGAAUUUCAAUGAGAACGGAGACCUUGUGGACUGGUGGACUGAAGAAUCGGCACGGAAUUUCAAGGAGCUGUCCCAGUGCAUGGUGUACCAGUAUGGGAACUUCUCGUGGGACCUGGCAGGUGGACAGAACCUGAGUGGAAUCAACACACUAGGAGAAAACAUUGCUGAUAAUGGGGGUGUGAGACAAGCAUACAAGGCUUAUGAAAACUUUGUGAGAAAGCACGGAAAAGAAAAACUUCUUCCUGGUCUCGACAUGAACCACAAACAGCUGUUUUUUCUGAACUUCGCACAGGUGUGGUGUGGAACGUACAGACCAGAAUAUGCAGUGAACUCCAUCAAGACAGACGUGCACAGCCCAGGCAGAUUCAGGGUCCUGGGGUCACUGCAGAACUCCCCAGAGUUUUCAGAAGCCUUUUCGUGCACCACGAGAGACAACAUGGAUCCCGCCAAGAAGUGCCGCGUUUGGUGACGGACUGCAAACCUCACACCUCGAGGAGCUUUCCAGGAAAAGAGGCCUUUCCAGCGGAUUUUGAGAAGGGGAGGAGGGAAGAAAGCUGAGCGGGACGUGCUGGAGGCACGGCUGUAACCCUUGGUAAACACACAAAGCCCGGACCGUCACGCGCCGCAGCGGCGCUGGGCUGCCGGGCUGCUUCUCCCCGGAGCCCCCCAGGACCGAACUCCCCGGGCAGUUCUGGCAUUCAUUUUUAAACAGCUGUGACCCACCAUCUCCCCCCGGUCAGGGAAUGCAGGUUGCUGAUCGGGGGGGAGGAAGGAAGGACUCGGGAACACGCAUCUCAGCCGUCAUAGCACGACAGAGGGACGACAGCUUAUUUCCCACUGCCAGGCUUUGUACCCUCUGCUGGCACGGGAAAUCUCUUCUACCAAAUGUUUUCAUUUUUACUUGAAACCAUUUAUACAAGAGGAGUCCAAAGACCUGCUGUACUUCAGUAACUUCUCACUAAUUACUCCAGCGUGUAUUACCUGAAGUCCCUAUUUACAAUAGUUAAUUUACAGCUUUCCAGCCCAACUGAAAUCAUAGGUAAUUUAUUAAUUUCUGUACCUAUAACCUGUAAGAUUGUGAUCAAAGACCCUUUCACCAUUUUCUAAGCUUUAUCUUGCUUUCUCUAAAGUCGCUCUUUUUUAAAGUUUCUAGUAAUGUAUAAAUCAUAGUUUUUAUAUUUAAAUCUUGAGCUACACUUUUGACUUGAAGUAUUGUAACAUAUUUUAUCAGUGGCUGCAUAGAACUGGGAAAUUGGACUAAAGCAUGGUAUCGGGCAAUAAGAUAAAGCCUACAAACCUGAUUUCUCCAAUGGAGGACACAAACAUUGGAGUUUUCAGGCUGUCAGUGCUUAGGCUCAGAUCCUGCACAUAACUUGUACUUGUUCUGAUCAAUGUCAGUCCUCACAUCAAGAAAGCUGCACAGCUGAUUGCAAGAGUCUGAAGGAGCUUUAAGUAAGAGGGUAAAAGGCUUUAAAUCUGCAAUGAUAUCUAUUAAACAUCCUCAUGCAGAUUGCAAAGGAACUUACUGCUUUGUUUAUCAAAGCAAUGACAUUUCCAAACCAAGUACCAGAUACCUCAGAUGACUGCUACAAUAGGUCUAUUUAAAAACCUAUGUCCUUUUAGCUUUCUGUCAUCUGAUCAAAACAUUUUGAUAAUAAACUGAAUUUAUGAGCCAAA